GCAACAGAUGAGCUUUGCAGGUUACGGCGGAAACAGAAUUUAUAACUUGAAAAGGAAGAUCUUCUUGAUUGAAUCCUUAUGCAGGUAUGCUGAACACGUAGUCUAUUUCAAUCCUUUCACUGGUAUUCUUAACAUGUAUUCUACUUGGUUUUUUCCCUGGUUUUCUUAACAUGUAUUCUGUUGAAUAUCUUUUUGUAUUUCUACAUACUACUUUGUCUGUAGAAAUGCUUUUCUGGAGGGCUAUUAGUGGCUAAGUUAACAUAAAACCUUUUGUAUCAUGACCCGUGAGUCAUCCAUCUUGCAUCAGCACAUCCAACUAAAAAAGAAUCUAUCUUCUUGUGCAUAAUAGCUUUUUAUUAAUUGAUUGUUGAAGCAGGCCUCAUUUGCAUAAUUUCUAAGCCAGUCUAUGAGAACCUGAGAAGGGUACAUAUUCCUCGAUCGAUUCUUUAAAGAAAGAUUUCGCUGAAAAGAACGAAUGGGAUUAAUAAAACUGCUUUCCAUUUUACAAAGAGCUGCGAAAAAACUGUUUCCUUAAACUUUUUAAAUAUAGUUUCUUUCAAGUCAAAAGAUAAAUCAGAAAGCACCAUGACGUUUCUCUGUCUUUCCGAAAUUUCUUCUGGAAGCAAUUGUUUCUCAAAAGUCACAACUGUACAUCAUGAAGAUGAUGGUGGACCUUUUACAAAUUCAGUGGUGUAUCAAGUUUGGUAUAAAGACCUAAAUCUCAAUUCCUUACAUUAGAACCACGGAGGCAUUGCUUUUGGACCAUUUGGAGAUAGAUAUACAAGAACUUUCUACUAUCCAAACUGGACCAUAGAGUUUAAUUGCCUGGUUCAUUGUUGUGUUGGAAAGUAGUAGAAAUCUUUCAUGGAAAUUAGGCGGAUCUGACAUAUACAUACUCUCAAAUAAAUCAUUUUUGGUGCUCCAAAUUGGAAAAUACUAUUUAAGUUUAGAAAAUCAUGAACUUGAACAGUAUGGCAUCUUAAAUCGGCUUAAAGAUGCAUUAUUAGGGCUUUCAUAGAUCACAUAUCUGGUUUGUUUACGCGAACUGAUGCUUUUGCUACUGCAUUGAAGUACGCCAUGCAUAAAUUCAUAUUUGACAGAUACUCCACUAUAAUAUACAGGGCAUAUCAAGAGACAAAGAUUACUAGUAACCCUAUCUCUAACUCUUAUGGUGUGCUCUACUCUACAGUAACUAUUAUAGCCAUGGUGCUAGGGUAAUCCUGAAUGCAACUGAUUAUUCAGUCACCGAAAAUAUUCUCAUAUCAAAGCGCUUUUUUUUUGUAUCUUGCAAUUUGUAAUACAACGUUACGUGCUGUAUGGAGGUGUACGCUGGUCUGAAAUGAGUUUGAAAUGCAGCGAAGCAGGUUAAGGUGCACUAAUUAAUCAGAUUAGUGAUUAGUGACCAGGUGUGGCUACUCAGCAGCCACAAUGCCACAACUACUGGAUAGGACCAGGCAUUGCCGUGGCACUCGGGAGUUAUAUUUGCAGAAUAUUGGCAUAACUUUCGAACAGGUCCACUGGUUUGGUUUGAAUGCAAAUCGUGGUCAGUCAUCGCCAGAACAGGAAGAGAUCUAAGAGUUUCAAAUAUGGAAAUUCUGGUUGGGUUGGGCUUGGGCCUUCAUGGAUCGGAAAUUUCAGAGAGGACGGAGUUGCCUAGUUUUGAAGAAGUCGCUAAUAAACAAUUUGACUGCUGGCCAAUGUAAGCUGCACUGCAAAUUGCAAGAUUUUCAAUCUUUGUGUGCCAUAUAUAAUGCUACGUAUAAGAUACGAAGAGUGUCAGCUGAGCGAAUAAGUUGACGUGCGCCGCACACACCCCACCCCUAUGGCCUAUGGGCUAUGGCCUUGUUUAGUUGGGAAAAUUUGUUGGUUUUGAAUAGUGUAGCAUUUUCGUUUGUAUUUGGUUAUUAUUGUUCAAUUAUGGACUAAUUAGGCUUAAAAGAUUUGUCUCACAAACAAACUGUGCAAUUAGUUAUUCUUUUUAUCUAUAUUUAAUGCUUCAUGCAUAUGUUCAAAGAUUUGAUCUAAAGAUUUGAUGUGACGAAAAAUCUUGAAAAUUUUUUAAAAACUAAACAAGGCCAUAAAUAGUCUAUACAAAGUGUCAAAGUCCGCCAAACGCGUGACAAGGAAAUGGCGAGGAAGGUCGAAGGCCGGCAAAGCCGUGUGAUUGCGUGAAGUUCCACGAGGAGGAGCGAGACGACUCACAGGAGCACUUGUCAGUGUCACCGUGGGGCCCAGUGUAACCAUCUCGUAAGUUUCCUCGAAGCUUCGUGCCUUCGUGGUAGCUAUAAGCCUAUAAAACUCCACCAGGUCACGAAGCACCACAGCGUCGACUCCACGGCAGCCCUUGGCGACCAGGAGCCUUGUGUGUUUCUAGGCUUUUAGCUUUCAGAUUUAUGGGUUGUGGCACACAGUUUGUUUUAAUCUGUGCGCUGAACAAACAAGUCUCAUAUUUGUGACUUGUAGGAUUGUUACAAUCCAACACUUGCCUUCAUUCUGCAGGUUUUAGCAAGCAGGUUGAAACAAGCGUGGCCUUCAAGCUGGUAAGAAGCAGAUUAUUAUGUUGCAGUCUGUUCUAGUUCAGAGUUGCGCCGUGAAGAUGUUCUCGUUUGCUUUAGCUUGAGAUUGUGAAAGCUUUUUCUCUCCUACAACCCAAGCUUUCCUGCUACAUUCUGUUUCCACCCACAAAACCCACUUUCCUAGCUCGACGAAGAGCCCUCACCUCCAGUCAUGACGGCGCCCCAAGCAGCCAUGGCCGGUCAGCCAGUGAAUGCCGCCGCGGUGGAUGAGCGUCUCCUGGUCGAUCAGGAGGCCAACCACCACCCCCAACCGGAGAACAAUGGUGAUAACAGCUGCUUCCCCUGGCCGACCGUUUUGGGUUUCCUCAUCCUCAGCUUCAACGCGGCAAUGGCCAUCAUCCGAUCCCAAGGCGAUGUGAUGGCCAUCGCCUUCGUCGGUUUUGCCUAUGCCAUCCUCGUCGCGCUUUUUGUCUGCCUGAGGAUGUACGAGCGUGCCCGUGCUGGGUCGUCCAAGAGGGAGUGGCUCAAGAUCGCUGUAUGGAUACUGACUACUCUGCUGACGUUCAGCUUCUCCUACAAAGUUGCCGCCAUCAUGCCAGCGCCCAUGGCCGUGGUCGUUUGGCUGAUGGCCUUUGCGACCAUUGCAGGAGGCUUCGUCGCGUUCUUUGUCUACAAAGAGAAGUGAUCAUCGGCUUCUCGGUCUCUGAAUUAAUAAGGCAAUUCAAUUGUCAUUGAGGCGGAAUUUCUCUAUGGCGAAUCAUCGACUCUUUAUCCGACUGUCUUGGAAGAAAUUGCUUUGUAGCAAAUCAUCAAUUCUUUAUCCGAGCCGUCUUUUUGUGUGUAGUCGAUUGUAUGAACAAUUUAUGCCAUUGCAGAGCCAAAAAGCGGAAACAUCAGGUUUUUGAACAGUCAGAACAAGCCUUCUUUUGUAAUAAUGUGUUCAGCUCUAAAGACUGAGUUAGAACUAUGUUAGAUCCAAAUCCUAUUAUUUGUGUCAAGUAUUGUGUCUUGUAUUUAUGAAGUCUGUUACCUAUCUAGAUGAGAACCUUGCCAGCUCUUCAGAUGGGGCUGACUGCGAGUUAAAAUUUCUGGCGCGCGUGAACUUUAGUAGCUUCCAAUGUGUUAUAUGUUCCUAGAGAUUGUAAUAGAGCGGUUCAUGGAUUAGCUGCUAGUGGGUAUGAAUGUGUGGGCAGGCUCGAGCAAAUUAUAAGCUCCCCCCGUGAACAUGUAAUGUAAUUGUCGCUGACGAUUGUCAGCCCAAGAGUAAUGUAGUUGUACCCAAUUUAUAAAAAAAAAGAGAACAUUUUCGUAA